CCUCGGGUCGAACGCGAGGAACAAAAUGCAGGGCGGGAAUCAUUGGUAUGAUCACCACGCGUGUGUCUCCCCUGUCAGUGGAUUCUCCUUGAAAUCUGAUGGAUCCUCUUCCAGCUUCGUAUCCGGCGGGUCUCCCACGCCAUCCCCAUUUGAAGAAGUCGUGAACUCCCAAUUUCAUUGCGGGAUCUCUGGGGGUGUGAAUAGGUUGUGGGUUGAUCCCAAUGAGAAAAGUUUCUGCGAUCUGAAUAAUCUGUCAAGGAGUUUCAGUAGAAUGUAUGUUAAUGAGGAGGAGGAGCAACAGAAUCAUUCGAAUGGGAAAUCUUCGCGGGUGAUUUCUGACAAGUACUGGUCUUCUGGUGUGGGAGGCUUUGGAUCAUCUCUCAUUCCAGUGACAAGAAAUGAUCAUCUGGGUGUUAUUGGCCAGGUGGCUUCUUCUCCAGUGGUGAUUAAUAACCAGGCCAUUAGUACCACGGAUUCGCAGUUUCAUCGGAUGAAAGUGGCAGCUCAUCUCCAUCAGAUGGGGGUACCAUUUGUAGACUCGCCGAGCAAUGCUGUUACUAGCAAUCGCUAUCCGCGUGUAAAUGGAAGGUAUGCUACUCAAGAUUCUUCCAACAAUGCCCCUAAGGGGGCGCACAUAAAGCCACAUGUUGAUUCGGAAAAUAUAAGAAGGUACAAGGGACGGCAUUCAUGUGGUGUCAAAAUACCUGUGAUGCGAAGCAUUGAGGCGUUUGAUCGGGAGGAUGGCUUGAUGAAGUAUGGGAAUGGAAAUGGACACCGUCGUUCGGUUAGGCCUCAAGAAAGGAGAUCAUCACAGAUAGAGAGUGGGGUGGACGAGAGGGUGCACCAUCUCCCUUUCUCCCUCCCACUAAAGCUUUGCUCAUUGGGAGAAGCGAAAGGGUAUAUUUAUGAGAUCGCUAAGGAUCAACAUGGUUGCCGGUUCUUGCAAAGAAUGUUUGAUGAGGGAAGUCGUCAAGACGUGAAGACAAUAUUCAACGAGAUAAUCGACCACGCUGUGGAGCUUAUGAUGAACCCUUUUGGGAAUUACCUCAUGCAAAAGCUCUUGGAGGUUUGCAAUGAAGAGCAAAGGAUGGAAAUAAUUCUCAGGGUGACACAAGAGCCUGGACAGAUUGUCAGAAUAUCUUUGAACACUCAUGGGACCAGAGUAGUUCAAAAGUUGAUUGAGACAUUGAAAACCCGGCAACAGAUUUCGAUGGUCAUUUCCUCACUUGAACCAGGAUUUCUUGCCCUUAUUAAGGACCUGAAUGGAAACCAUGUUAUUCAGAGAUGUUUGCAGUAUCUUACCAUUGGAGACACUGAGUUCAUAUUCAAUGCAGCUGCAAAGUACUGCGUGGACAUUGCAACACACCAACAUGGCUGUUGUGUUCUUCAAAGAUGCAUUGCCCACGCGGUUGGAGAAUAUCGUGAAAGAUUGAUCGCAGAAAUUUCUGCCAAUGGACUUCUUCUAGCUCAAGAUGCCUUUGGAAACUAUGUGGUUCAGUUCAUUUUGGAGCUAAAGAUACCAUCUGCAACAUCCAAGUUAAUAUCUCACUUUGAGGGCAACUUUGUACAUCUCUCCACACAGAAGUUCAGCAGCCAUGUGGUUGAGAAAUGCCUCAUUGUAUGUGACUACAAGGUCCAAUCAAAGAUCAUCCACGAACUCGUCUCCGCGCCACAUUUUGAGCACCUUCUUCAGGACCCGCACGCGAACUAUGUUGUUCAAACAGCUCUCCGAAUUUCCGAGGGCUGUCUACAUAGUUUACUAGUCGAGGCGAUCGAUUCCCACAAAGCAGUCUCGCGAAACAGCCCAUAUUCAAAGAGGAUUUUCUCAAACAAAAUUUGGAAGAAGUGAUGUGUAAAUGGUAAAGAGAGAGAUUUGAAGGUGUUCAUCUCAUGAUGUGUUCUAAUCACAUGCCAAUAACUGAUCUGCAAUUUU